AUGUCCUCAGCUUCUGUCCCCCCGCUGACCCUCCCCCUCCUCAUCCUCUUCUCCUUGGUGAGAUGACUUCUAUGUUUAUUCUUCUACCUUUUUGAGUAUCAAAUGUCCGAUCUUUGUUGGGUUUCUGUCUGAACUUACAGCCAAAGUGAUGAAUGUGUAAACAGGUUCAGCAGCAGGUGGAGCGUCACAUGAAUAAAUUGAUCAAACUGGGGUUAAAGCCUGAGAUUAAACAUUUGUACAAACACUCAGAGUUAGAGUAACCAAACAGAGGGUCUGCAUCAAUAAUUCAUCACUCAGUGUGUGGCAGGAGGGACGGCUGAGGAUGAAGUCACUUAUCUGUUGUUUAUUCGACAUCGUUUCUGUCUGUUCAAAUCGGCAGUGAAGAAGAAGACCUCCUCCUCUUUUCAGGAGAAAACACAUCGUUGAAUCAGAUGUCUGACUCCAAAAUAAAACCCAGUUUGCUCGGUGUACGCCCAGCCUUCGACCUGGGUGGAUGUCAGACGAGAGAGAAAAAUAGGAAUCAACAAGACGAGGUCUCAAUCGUCCUUCUGGAGAAGAGGAUGGACUUUGGUCCUUCUUCUGCAGAUAAAUAAGCAGUUUGUGGUGCUCUCAUCCAGAGUGUCCAAAGACGUCAAAAGAAACGGUACCAAACAUCUUCUGGAUGUGACAGAUGAGGAUCGAUUAGAGUUUGAGGAGACCCUGAGAUCUCCACGAGGGCUGCUCCAACAGAGAUCCAGACUCUUAGUUCCUUUCUUAUUUAGCGCCAGGGUGUAAACCACAAGGGAUCUGAGUUUCUUUAGCACCUCUAAAGGUCUUCAUCUACAGUACAGCCCACCUUUUAGCGGACCCCUGAUGGUCCAGGUCUCUGAACAAAAAGGUUGAUGCCUCUUAAAGAAACUGUCAUGUUGUUGAUGAUGUUUCCUUCACACUAAGACCCUCCUCAGAUGUUUCUGCUCAGCUGACCUGCUUUGACCUUUCCUCAGCUCUGUGUGGGCGUGUGCUGCUGGCUUGUUUGACAUUUUCCUGAGUGGGUGUAAAGAGCCUUUAAUAGAUUUGGUUUGACCUUUUGACCUUUCAUGUAUCUCAGCCUGUCUCACUCGUUGUUUUACACUUUUCAGGUAUAAUGGUCACUUUAUAAUCUGCAACAACAAACUUGUUUGUGACGAGAGCGUGUGGAUUUAUAUGGUCACUGGUGAUGCAAAGACUUGGUCCAAUCGCCCACAUCCACAGAGAGAAAACUAAAAUAUGAAUGUGUCCAGUUAAAAAAGUUAAAAAUAACAAAAAAAAUUGACUGGAAAAACGAGAAAAUUUCGAUCUAGGAUGAAUUUCUCCAAUUCCGACACACAAGAAAAUAAAACUUGUGAGCAAACAUGCAAAUUGCUCAUGAGUUAAAUAUUACUGAAUCAGAAUCUUUAACCGUUUCUACUCAUGAGACGAAACAAUUUAUUGAGCCAGAUCUACUAAACAACUUUCUAGGGUUAGAGUUAGAGUUAGGAUUAAGGUUAGGGUUAGAGUUAAGAUUAAGGUUAGGGUUAGAGUUAAGAUUAAUGUUAGGUUAAGAUUAGGGUUAGGGUUGGGUCAAGUUAGGGGUUAGAGUUAGAGGGACAGAGUUAGGGUUAAGGUUAGGGUUAGGGGUUAGAGUAAGGUUUAGGUUAAGGUUAGGGUUAAGUUAGGGGUUAGGGUUAAAGUUAGAGUUAGGGUUAGGGUUAGGUUAUGGUUAGGUCUAGAGUUAGGAUUAGGGCUUAGAGUUAGGGGUUAAGGUUAGAGUUAAGUUUAGGGUUUCAGGGUUAGGGUUAGGAGUUAGUGUUUGGGUUAGGUUAAGAUUAGGGUUAAGGUUACGGUUAGGGGUUAGAGUAAGGGUAAGGUUAAGGUUAGGGUUUAGGGUUAGGGGGUUAAAGUUAGAGUUAGGGUUAGGUUAGGGUUAGAGUUAAGAUUAGGGUUAGGUCAAGUUAGGGGUUAGAGGUUAGAGUUAGGUUUAGGGUUAGAGUUAGUUGCACAUUCAUGAUAUUUUAAGCCAGAAUACUUUUUUCCCCUCAUCUUAAAAAUAAGAAAACUCCAGUGCUAGGGUUAGGGUUGGGGUUAAGGUUAAGGUUAGGGUUAGGGUUAGUUGCACAUUUAUGAUCUUUUCAUCAAGAAUACAUUUUUUUCCUCUGGUUCUAAAAAUAAGAAAAGUCCAGUGUCUGUUCUGGUCCUGAGUUAUCAGCUCUUGAGUUCCUCUGCAGAGACAGUGUUACCCCUGUCGAGUCUGGUUCAUUAGUCACCCCGCAGACUCGUGCGCCCACACUUGUUUCCCAAACUCCACAGUCUCCAUCGCUCCAGUAAAUCCUCACAGCGUGAAUCCCUGCUGAGUGUAAUUGACGUCAGCACAUAAACGCUCUCCUGCUGCUCUGCUGCACCUCGUAAAGCCGUGACGCGUCGUCUCUUAGCCUGACGCCAACGCAUAGACACAAACGUCUUCUGACCAGACCCACAUCAUGAGUCCCCACGUCAGCCCCGCUUUGUGAGGGGCCAUGAAAAAGACCCCUUUGGACUUGACCCCUGAGAGUGGAGUCGUAGCUCUGGCGUUCUGGCUGUCGGUGCGAUCUUAAACACUCCUCUCUGUGAGUCGGGUUUCUUAACAGAUGGCCUGGCAUGGUCCAGGGUGAGACAUACAAGUGCCACAGUUUAUCCAGCCUUGUUGUCUUGAGAGGAAAACCCCUCCUCUGGGUCAGGCGCUAGUUCUGGGACUUGUUUGUAUAAUCUGUCAAGUGUUUUAAACCUCAGACCUCUCUCUCGCUCUGCGACCCUCAGACUCUUGACUGUGACUCUGUGUGGUUUUGUUGUUUUCCAGGUUUUCAGCCAGCAGGUCUCCUCAAACUGUGUGAUCAAGCGAGAGCAGGAGAAAUGCAUGGAAAUGAUCGAGUCGGACCAUCCCGGGAACGAUCCAGAGUACGGUAAGUUUGUGUGUUUGUGUAUCACGCUCUGCUCGACCAUCAGAGAGACCUCACAGUUCGUGUGGCUGAAGCAUAAAUGGCUAAAGCGAGGCCAACGGAGCGAUUCAGAUAAGCAAAUUGAUUUUAUGUCGCCACGGUGAGUGAUUUGGGCGGAGGAGAGGCUUUAAUUGCCAACAUCUCAGCAUGAUGAUCCUUAGAAUUAAAGCUGAUGGGCGAGACAGUGAUUGAUUGGCGCCUGUCUGUCUGAUUACAUGAUAGAUGAAGAGAAGAUCUGAGUCUCGAGCGCUGUUCUCCUGAUUAUUUAAGACUCCAGAUGAGGAACGCGUGAACAGAUCCUGAUUCUGUUAGCUUAAAACAGGUGUCUGUUCCUGUUGGCGCCUCCGCUCAAUCUCAGGAGCGAGUGGGCGGGAUGAUGAUGUUGGCGUGGAGCAGAGUUUCACCUCAGUUAGCAGGGUUACAAUUUCUACUCUUGUGUUUGUUUGCAGGAACAGUUUUCAGGUGGCGGUGGUAUUAAUCACAGGAAGUCACCGUUUACAAGUUUCCUCCUGUGUGCUCUUUCCAGGAACUGCACAUGUGAUCGCCUUACCCUUCUUCUUCACCGUGUUUCAAAGUGUCUUCGGUUUGGAGUGUUCCCCCCAAAAUAGAGCAUCCUGGUAUUAAAGUUCUUGAACAUCAUGAAAGUGUGUCAGUAAAAACAGGACCCAGAUAUAAAACCUGAAAAGUCACAGACUCAGAAGGCCUCAUUUCCCUUUGGUUGUUUAUAGAAGCACAUAAAUCCAGAGGAGGAUGUUUUUACACCGACAUCUUUUGGUUUAAAACAGGGCACCGAGUGGGCCAAGAGAGACCAUGUGACCCAAGAUAUGCAGAUCUUAAACUUUUCUUUUAAACUUUUCUUUUUCAACUUUCUAAUUUUCUUUUGACAAAGUGUUUCCGUGGCGUUCGUGUGGGGUCUGGAAUGCGACGUUCCAGAAUUCUGAUUUCCUGAAUACUUGGUCUUGAAAUACUGGAUUCUUGAAUACUGUGUUUAAGAAUUCUGGCGCCUGGAAUGAUAAGUCCUGGAGUGCAGAGCUCUGGAAUUCAGGAAUUGAAAUGCUCGGUUUUGAAAUUCUAUCAUUGAGGGUCCUGAAAUCAUGGGUUCAGGGAUACUUUGCAUUGGUUCUCUGUGUUGUAGAAUUGAAGGGAAUGGGAUGGAAUACUGGGUUCCAGAAUUCUAAUUUCUACGAUCUUUGAAUCCAGAAUUCAAGGUCCUGGAGUUUUGGGUGCUGGAAUGCUUGAUUCCAAAGUAAAAGGUUUUGAAAUUCUGGAUAUUGGAAUGCUGAGUUCCAGAAUUCAUGGUUAUGAAAUACUGUACUGGAUUCCAGAAUUACUUUUUUCUGAAUUCUAGGUACAAGAAUGCUAAAUUCCAAAAUACUGGGCAAUACAGGGUUUUGGAAUUCAAGACCACUGGAAUACCAGGUUGUACAAUUUUAAGUUCCAGAAUUCUGUAACUUUAAAUCUACAUUCUUGAAUUCUAAGUUCCAAAUAACUUGGUUCCGGAAUUCUAUGUUCCGGAAUGCAGAGUUAAGGCAUUCUGUGUUGCCACACCCUGGGUUCCUGAAAUCUUGUUUCUGAAAUACUUGAUAAUAAGAUUCUGGUUUCUAGAAUUCCAGACUCAGGAGUGCUGUACUUCACUAAUCUGUAACCCUUAAUGUUAGAACGCUGUAUUCUGGAUUCUUGAUUGCCGAGUUCCCGAGUAACUGGUUUCAGAACUCUGGGAUGUAGAACACUGAAUUCCAGAAUAAGGGGUUCCAGAGUUCUGGACUUCUGUUAUCUGUAGUGCUUUGUUCUGGAUUUCUGGAUUCCGGAAUACUGAGUUAUAGAAUUCUAGGUUCCAGAAUGCUGAGUUCUGGAAUUCUUUGUUCUGGAUUUCUGGGUUCCAGAAUGCUUUGUUGUUGUUGGUGUGCAGGGCUCUUUAGUGCCGGGGUGUGGAAUUCUCAGUUCUGAAACAGAAGGAUCAGGAUUUUGCAGGUUGAACCAACAGGAAGUCGUAAAACAGAUUCUGAUGUUGUAUCUCAUCCACCCAGGAGAGGUUGUGAUAAAUGCCUCUUUAAAGGAUCACACUGUUUUUCUAUCCUGUUGUUGUUUUUCUCAGGGUGUCCGUGGAUGUGGGACAACCUGACAUGUUGGCAGCCCGCCAGGAUCGGCGAAGUGGUCGAGGUCAACUGUCCUGAACUCUUCUCUCAGUUCAUGAGUGAAGAAGACUACGGUAGGUCCUCUGUUUCAGCUGGAUAAGAUCUUCAGUUGUGAUGACGUCUGAGUGAAUUUCAGAAUAUUUGACGGACUGGUUUUAAUGAAAUGUUGUGUUCUCACAGAGCUGGGGAUGGUGAGUCGUAACUGCACCGAGUUCGGCUGGUCAGAUACCUUCCCUCAUUACGUGGACGCCUGUCUGUACGAGGAAGGAAACAGCAAUCAUACGGUCAGUCUGUCACUGCGUCUGGGUCGGAUUUAAAGUCUCAGACAUUUACAUCAAAAAAACAGCUGACUGUGAAUUCAUUGACUUUUCAGGACAUGUACUACGUGUCGGUGAAGGCUCUCUACACUGUGGGCUACAGCACAUCUCUGGUCUCCCUCACUAUGGCGAUGGUCAUCCUGUGCAGGUUCAGGUGGGACAUACUGGUCAUUAUUUACUCUCUUUACAUGCACACUAUACCGACUAGUAACAGCAACAUUCAAAGUGAGGAAACUGUAAACAAAAGGAUGUAUGAUGAAAAGUAAAAGAGCAGAAGUUUACACUUCUACUACAAGUUUUACUUUUGAGAUGACUUUAUCUCAAAUUCUUAUUUUUGUUCGCUGUUGAAGUUUUGUUUGAUUAUUUUUGACCCAAAUCUGAUUCCAUAAAUAUGAGACACAGUCAUUCUCCCAAAACCACCUCUCCAGACCCCGGCACUCAUGAACCCGCCGUACUAUUUCUAUCCCAGCUGUACAAAUCCAACAGCGGCGGCGUUAGCGCCACUACAGACAUGAUCACAAAUUCACAUCUGUCUGCAGCUCUACUAUCAUCGUCUCCUCCUCCUCCUCCUCUGCUUCUUCUUCUGCUGUGUAGCUGAUACUAAUACUGCGACGUGUAAACUAAUAAUUAUCCUGAGCAGGAACAAAAAGCGUUGGAGGUGCUAAUGAGUGACUCACACCCUCACAAACAUGUCAGUGUAUUUUUGCUUUUCUUGGCUCACGUGACGUUCAGCCCGUCUGCAUUUGGCUCUCUCUCAGGAAGCUGCACUGUACCAGGAACUUCAUCCACAUGAACCUCUUUGUGUCCUUCAUCCUGAGAGCUAUUUCUGUCUUCAUCAAAGACGGCGUGCUUUACGCCGAAGAGGACAGCGAGCACUGCUUCAUACACACUGUGAGUAACACCAACACGCCCACACUGCGCCCUCUGCCUCUCUCUCUCAAAGAUUUCCUCUUUUCCGUCCUUUCUGACGUUUUUCUCUUUUGUCUCUUUUUCUUCUCUGAAGCUGGAGUGUCGAGCCGUGAUGAUAUUCUUCCAUUACUGCGUCCUCUCAAACUACUUCUGGCUCUUCAUCGAGGGUCUCUACCUCUUCACUUUACUGGUGGAGACCUUCUUCCCUGAGAAGAGAUACUUCUACUGGUACAUCAUCAUCGGCUGGGGUGAGAUGACAGCAUCACACGCUGAAUUUCUCCUUGUUGUGAAACCGUAAAUCAUGUUUUCUUUUUCAUCGUGUUUUUUAUUUUCCUCACAGGAGCUCCUACGCUGUGUGUGACCAUCUGGGCGGUGCUGAGGCUGCACUUCGAUGAUAUCGGGUAGGUUGUGAAGUUCAGAGCUGAUCCUCGUGUUGGAGGUGGUCUGAUCAGGAGCUGAAAGUGGUGCUCUUCUUCUUCUUCUCCUCUCAGGUGUUGGGACAUGAAUGACAAUGCUGCCAUCUGGUGGGUGAUCAAGGGACCUGUGCUGGCUUCAAUUAUGGUAAGUCAGCAUUUCAAGUAUUACUUUAACCUUCCUCCUGUGUUGGCUUUUACUACACACCCACUAUGUUAAGGGUCGGUUUGACCCGUGUCUUAAAUCAGCUGUAAAUUACACUAAAAACAUUUCUUUAUCAUCUACUUUGGUUCUCAUCUCUAAGUUACCUUGUUUGGCUUUUGUUUUUUAUUUGUUUUUAUUUCCAUGCGCUGAUGGUUUACGACUGUUUGUCAAAGCCCUUCGUAAACUUCUGUUUUUAAAAGUACAACAAAAAUAAAGUUAUUAUUAUUAUUAUUAUUAUUAUUAUUAUUAUUAUUAUUAUUAUGUGUUUUCUUUAUGUUUAAUGACCUGUUUUUGUGUUUUUCUUUGCAGGUGAACUUCGUCCUCUUCAUCGGCAUCAUCAUCAUCCUCGUUCAGAAGCUGCAGUCCCCAGAUAUCGGUGGAAAUGAAUCCAGUAUUUACCUGUAAGUUAUUAUUAAAUCUAUAUUAUUGUCUUUGUUUGUCUGUGAACUUGUUAAAAUCCAGAUUAUUGUUCUAAUGAAGCAGAAAAUUUCAUGUUUUUCCAUCAAAAUAUUUCGAUAAGAGAGCAGAGGAGAAUGUGAGGAGAAUGCGGAUGUUUGUGUUGAUUUUAAUGAGGACACACUCUCUGUGCUCCAUUUCUCUCUCUUAUUAUUAAUCCUGGUUGUGUUCAUGUGUGUGUGUGUGUGUGUGUGUGUGUGUGUGUGAUUGUGUGUGUGUAUUUGUGUUUGUGUGUGUUUGCAUGUGCUCUGCAGGAGGUUGGCCCGCUCCACUCUGCUCCUGAUUCCUCUGUUUGGGAUCCAUUAUACCGUGUUCGCCUUCUCCCCCGAGAACGUCAGCAAGAGAGAGCGUCUGGUGUUCGAGCUCGGGCUCGGAUCCUUCCAGGUGACUGUUCCUCCGUCACCGUUUGAAUUAAAAAAAGACAAUUUACACAAAUCUGUGAGAAAAUAACUCAGAGAGGAUAUGGCAGAGCUGUAAACUGAAGUUUUCGACUUACAAACCUUUUAAAUUAUGACUUUGGAGACUUUAAAUUGAGCCUGAGGUGAUGGGUGUUACAUUUUUAAGGAUAAUCCAAAUCUGGGUUUUUUCUUACAGACUGUAUUUUAACAGUUAAGUUGUUUCCUCUGAGCAGAAAUUGGAUUAAAUAUCUGUUAAAAGAAAGAAAAUAUGUUUUUUUUUGUCUUACGUUUGUACCGUCUGUGUCUCCUCAGGGUUUUGUGGUCGCUGUCCUCUACUGCUUCCUGAACGGAGAGGUAAACAUCCCUUAAAUUAACUCCUGACACUUUUAUAGCACUUUAUAAACGCACAUGUCACUCAGGGUCGUAAUUUUCAGCUGUAUUUGUCAGGAAAAAGAAAAAAAAACUCCUGCAUUUUUUAAUGCUUAUAUUAGUGUAAAUUUAUGAAGAAUAUCUGCCAAAUGUGUGAAUGCAAAUUGUUUGAUCUCAACCUGACGAAGCUCAGAUCUGACCACACUUCACUAAUACUGUUUAAGUUUAAUAAGAUUAAAGAUACAGAAAUAACACAUUAUCUCUAUUUAAAAACUUUUUAUAUUAAUAUAAAACGAUAAGAAAACGCGGAAAUGCAACUGUCCUGCAGAACAAGGAUCAUCUUAAAUCUGUGUGCAUGUUUUUUUUAACUGCAUACUUAAAGGUAAUCAUGUACACACACAUCCCUGUCCUCACACAUGUCAGAGUUUGUGUAUAAGCUGAUGAUUUAUAGAGAGAAAAGACAAACAUGACGUGAAUCUCUUACUGGUAAAUUAUAUUAAAAUUUUGUGUUAAACAUGCAAAAUGAGCAAGAAUCUAAUCUAUUCAUCUUAUCACGCAGAACCGCCUGGUUCUCUCAGGUCUUAUUCCUGAGGUAUUUAUUGCAAGUCUUUAGGUUUUUGCCACCUAGUGGUUGAGACACAGUACUACCACCCAAAAGUUCAAAAUAGCCUCAAAACUUCCUCUAAAGAAAACACCAUGAAUUAAAAGGUUAAUCCACAAAAACUUCUUGUUGCAUCGGUUAAAAAAGUUUUAUAUUUUUCAUUUUAAUCCUGGUCAAAGUUCUGUGUGAAUAUUUCCUUGAUCGCCAGGUUUCGAGUCGAUAAAGCUGUAAAAAUGCAGGAGUUGUUUUUUUGUCUGGAUGGAUUCUGACCUGUGCACAAAAACAGAAACAUGCAGAAAUGCUCUAAGAUUGUUAAACUAAAACUCUUGUCAGAUCAUCAGCAUUUAUCAAACUUGUUCUGUUGUUGUAACUUUAUAUUUUUCUCAGCUUCUAUAAAAUGUUUCUGUCUGUUUAGGGACGUAAAUGUUGCUAAUAUUAAAGUGAGGACAGACAUGUUUGGCUGUGAAAGUGAGCAGCCCUGAUCUUUGAGUUGAGGGGGGCUGAGGGACAGUGAGUUUGUCUCUUUCCAGCGGGGUCCAUUAAUAAUGACCUUGUGAAGUAUAUCCCUAAAGGUGCAAUCGGAGAUCAAGAGGAAAUGGCGCAGCUGGACGGUGAACAGGUACUUUGCUGUGGACCUGAAGCACCGGCAUCCUUCUCUGGCGAGCAGUGGGGUGAACGGGGGCACGCAGCUGUCCAUCCUCAGCAAGAGCAGCUCGCAGAUCCGGAUGUCCAGCCUGCAGGCAGAGACCCCGGCCACCUGA